AUGGAGUGCUGCAACCUUCUUGAGGAAGCCACAAUCGGAGAAGUGAAUGAAGUAAGUCAUUAAUUUCCAUUUUAUUAUUGCUUAGGUUCAGUUUUUGCAUAAUGAUGUCGUAUUUUAGCAGACUCCAAUUUUGGAACCAUUUGGAACCAGUCAACGACCCACACCGCAAUUUUCCAACAGUGGACUUGGAAGCAGAAACCAGUUUGGAGAGCGUCCUCGGUUCCAAUCCUCCAAUCCAAUGUUUGGAGGAAGCCGACCAUUGGAAACCGAUCGUCCAUCCACGUCGGGACAUCGCCAACGGCCAACGACUCAACCCCAACUGGAAGACGAUGUGUUUGAUGAGGAGAAAGAACGAUGGAAACCGUAA